AGGUGCUGGUUUGGCACACCCGGACUGAGAAGCCAAAGAUGAAGAGAGAAGAAGCUUUGCUGAAGCAGGGGAUGGGCUCUGAUCCGGAUGUGGAGGUGUGAGCAGAACAUGCCCGAACUUCACCAAACAUCCACACUUCCAUUGUGCCAAACACAUUCUCUUAUUUAUCUGGCAAGAGCUGAAGCUUGUAAUGUAAUGCAGACACUAUAAAUGUGAACUCUGGCCUACAAACCAAAGACAUGAGGAAUGAGGAAAGAAAAUGAUGAAUGCAUAGAUAAGAAAAGCAGGAGAUGCACACAGAACAACCCGUGACUUAAAUGCAAAUGGCUUGCUAGAAAUCAUUUUACAUUUCAGAAUCCAUGCUUAUCAUCUGAAUAGUAUUUAAAGAAUUUUACAGGCACGCAAGUUGAGCUUGUGUCGAUGUUUUUAGAAAUGUAUAAAAGUUUGCCGGGAUUAUAUUUAUUACUCAUUGUUA